AUGGCAGGCAAGAAGGAACAAGACCAGCUUCAGGACAUAAUAACCAAUGAAAACCAGUGGGAUGAAAUGUUGCUGACAAAAGGAGUAGUAGUGAUAGAUGUGUAUCAAGAUUGGUGUGGUCCUUGCAAAGCUGUGCAGAGAUUAUUCAGAGAACUGAAGAGUAAGUUUAGUGAAGAUGAUGUGCUGCACUUCGCAGUGGCAGAGGCUAACAGCAUUCCAGUUCUGCGACCAUUUAGGGAUAACUGUGAACCUGUGUUUCUUUUUUGUGUAAAUGGCAAAAUUAUUGCAAUGGUGAGAGGUCCAGAUGGUCCUCUUCUCCGUAGGAAAAUAGCAGAACUAGUGGAAGAAGAGAGGAAAAUUGCAGCUGGGCAGAAGAAACGUGAAGAGGUAGAUGAACUCGUUUUUGUAGAAGAGAAAACAUCAGAAGAAUCUGAUGAGGAGACUGUACCUGAGGUACCAGUCAGAUAUUCUGCUGGAAUUAUAAAACCUGAUGAUGUCUUGGAGGGUCAUGUAGAAGAAAUUAAACAAAAGAUUAGAGAUGCAGGAUAUGUGGUUGAAGCAGCAGAAGUAAAAAUGCUAACUGAAGAGCAAAUCAGAGUGUUCUAUGCCCAGAAUAAAGAACAGCCCGAUUUUGAUGAUUUUGUUCAAUUUAUGAUGAGCGGUCCAUGCCACAUUUUAGUAAUCACUAAAAAAGAAGCAACUGAUGCUAUUCCUUACUGGAAAGAACUCAGUGGAUCGAGUGAGAGCAUGCCUGGUGAAACUGAGGCCAAGAAGUCAGACAGACAGCGCUGUAAACAUUCUUUAACUUGUGAAAUGGCUUCACAGUUCUAUAAAGAUCACAAAGGAAAACCCAUUUUUGAACAGUUAGUGAAUUGUAUGACUGACAGUGCAUUGGUCGUAACGGUCUUAACAGAGGAAAAUGCUGUGGAAGAAGGGAGGAAACUAACAGGUCUAACUGAUCCAGAAGUGGCAAAAGAGGUAUCUCUUGAAUCGAUUCGAGCUCAGUUUGCACAAGAUAUUUUGUCUAAUGCUGUUCAUGGAGCAUCUAAUAUAGAAAAUGCACUCGAAAGCAUUGAGUGUUUAUUUGGAGAGCUUCAUAUAAAUUAA